CUCUUACAUGUGGAAUGUUUUUGCUUUUGUUUUUCCAAUCGAACUUGAAUUCGAUAAAAGAAAACUUGGUAGAUUAUCAUGCUACUGUGAAUCUUGAAUGCUCCCAACUUAUUGCAAUAAAGGCUUGCUGUUGUUCAUCAGUUCUUCCUUAUCAGCUGUUUCGACAGAUUUGGGGUUUGGUUUUUAAUUCAGAGGAGGCAUUUUCUUUUGGUUAUGAUGCCAAUUUUGGUCGCUUACUGCUCCAAUUAGGACCGAUUUUGAGUCUUCCACUUUGGAGUUUGGACAUGACUGGUUUGGUAGUAACUUACUACGAGUGAUCAAAAUGAACUAUCCCAAAUAUCCUUCAAUCAUGAUGCAGAGUUCCAGUUUGGUUUGCAUCCUGUUCUUGGUAACCCUGAAGACAGAGGAGAAACCGGUCUAUCCUUCCUAAUUAUCGCAGUUGUUCAGCGUUAAUUCGAAGCAGAAUCAAGCUAUGCUUUUAGAGGAUUGAAACCUUAUAUGGAUUAUCUACAAGAACCCUCUUCAUUUUGAGAUUGUAGCAUUAGUAUCUAUUGGAGUAGUUUGCAGUAGCAUGCCGGACUUGUCAGUGAGCUGACCUGAACAAAGAAGUACUCUGAAAAGCCAAUUGUUCAGGAUCAGUUUCAAUUGAGUGCAGAAAUGGAGGACAAUCUACCAGUCAAUGUCCGGGAGUAUCAAGAACUCGCCAAAAAAGCGUUGCCAAAGAUGGCUUAUGAUUACAUCAAUGGGGGAGCAGAGGAUGAGCACACACUGAGGGAGAAUAUCGCAGCAUACACAAGAAUUAUAUUACGACCUCGCGUUCUUGUGGAUGUGAGCAAGAUAGACAUGUCAACAACUUUAUUAGGAUACACCAUGCGUUCACCCAUAAUUGUGGCUCCAACUGGGGGGCACAAAUUAGCACAUCCAGAAGGGGAGAAGGCUACAGCAAGAGCUGCAGCAUCAUGUAACGCCAUAAUGGUUCUUUCCUUUUCUUCCAGUUGCAAGAUUGAGGAUGUUGCCUCCAGUUGCAAUGCCAUUCGCUUUUAUCAGCUAUAUGUGUAUAAGAAUAGGAAUGUUUCAGCAACAUUAGUACGGCGGGCCGAGAGUUGUGGAUUCAAGGCACUUCUUUUGACAGUUGACACUCCUAUGCUCGGUCGGCGUGAAGCAGAUAUCCGAAACAAAAUGGUUUUCCCACGGAGUGGUAAUCUCGAAGGUUUAAUGACAACAGAUGACCAUGAUACCACAAACGGUUCUCAGCUCGAACGAUUCGCACGAGCGACGCUGGAUCCAUCAUUAUCAUGGAAGGAUAUAGAGUGGCUCAAGUCCAUAACCAGCAUGCCGAUCUUUCUCAAGGGCAUCGUCACCGCUGAGGACGCGAGGAGAGCAGUGGAGGCCGGGGUGGCCGGCGUGAUCGUCUCCAACCACGGCGCGCGGCAGCUGGACUACGCGCCGGCGACCAUCGCCGCCCUGGAAGAGGUGGUCAGGGCGGUGGCCGGCGCCGUGCCGGUGCUGGUCGACGGCGGAAUCCGGCGAGGCACUGACGUGUUCAAGGCCCUGGCGCUCGGCGCACGGGCGGUCAUGGUUGGGAGGCCGGUGUUCUUCGGGCUGGCGGCGAGGGGGGAGGCAGGCGCGAGGCACGUGAUCGAGAUGCUCAACGGCGAGCUGGAGGUGGCCAUGGCGCUCUGCGGCUGCCGGAGCGUCGGCGAGAUCACCCGCAGCCAUGUCAUGACCGAGGGUGACAGGAUCAGGUCCCUGCUCUGAUGAAUCAUUUCUCAUCUGGCCAAUGCAGCUUCAGGUCUAAAAAUACAAGUGGGCUAUGGGCCAACCCGUAAACCGAUUUAUAGGUAAUAAAAUUUGACCGACCCGUGAAUCUAUUUAUAUGUAAAAUUAGUGGGUAAUCCAAAGUCUACUUAUUUGGUCUAUAACUAUAAGUGGCUUCGCGGAUCAGUCCAGUUACAUCAUAUUCAGGUCUCAAUGUGAGAGACUUUAGUAUAUGCAGUAUAUUGCAAUUGGAUUUAUGGAUAACGGGUAGUAACAUGGUUGAUGAAAUGGUGAAUAAUUGAGCUUUAAGGUUAGCAGAUUACCA